AUAAAUACCAAUUCAUCGUAGUCAUGAACAACAUUCAUACAAAUACAAUCCCAGCUCCAACAAAACUAGUCAAAACCAAAUGGCACUUUUCUCUGCUUCCGACGCCUCAGCCACCGCAUUCAUCGCCCUCCUCCUCCUCCUUCUCCAGGGCACCUCCACCGGACAAGAACAAAUACCAAACUCCGACGUUGAUCUUUUGGAGUUCCCCUUGAACUUGGAGUUCUUGGAAGCAGAGUUCUUCUCUUUUGCAGCUUAUGGCAGGGGAUUGGACAGCAUGGCCCCCAAUCUGACCAAGGGCGGCCCGCCGCCUGUGGGUGGUAGGAGGGCCAACCUCAGCCCACUCAUAAGAGAUAUCAUUGCACAGUUUGCACUCCAAGAAUUUGGACAUCUGAGGGCAAUCCAAAACACAGUGAAAGGAUUUCCACGCCCACUUCUGAAUAUAAGUGCGGAAUCAUUCGCGACUGUGAUCAACAAUGCAUUCGAACGGCCUCUACUGCCUCCAUUUGAUCCAUACGCCAACGACAUCAACUAUCUUAUUGCAUCAUACAUCAUUCCUUACGUUGGACUCACCGGAUACGUUGGUGCAAAUCCUAACCUCCAAAGCACCACAGCCAAAACCGUAAUAUAUAAUUAAUUCUUAAAUACAUAU